GACGUUGUGUGUUUGAACCUCCUUAGAAUCCUACCAACGCGAGGAUGGCAGCCAGAGUGGGCUGCGGUGGGCUCAUUCUAGGCCCAUCGGAUUAGGCGAGAUGGUUUGUUUUAGCCCUUUUUAUUUCUCUCUUAAAUGCCCGAUGCGAGUGAGAUCGAAUAUCCUUCAUGGAUGUUGAUGGAUCGUCAUCUGCAUCUGCUGCUGCUUGGUUGAGCCUCACAUUCAGCUCUUUUUAUUUUUAUCCUUCUCUUUUUUCUUACCGUACAAUUACAUUCUUUUGGUGGCAGGGCCUUCAUUCGUUCUUAUUUCAUUAUUUGCCUUCUUACUUUCUUUUUAUUCCAUUCGUAGGCACUUGUGUUAAAUAUGUACUUUAAGACAUUCUUUCUAUUGGCUACAGCUCGUGUUGUUCUUGCAAAGGUUCAGUUUCUUGGAGUUGCUAUAGCCGGAGGUGAUUUUGGAUGCCAAAUCGAUGGUUCAUGUCCACUAAAAUCUACACAACUUCCGAACAACAACGAUGGAGUUGCACAAAUGCAACACUUCGUCAAAGACGAUGGCAUCAACAUAUUGAGACUACCAAUAUCAUGGCAAUUCCUCGUCAACGAUAAACUAGGAGGCAACCUCGACAGCACCAACUUAGCCAAAUACGACCAAUUGGUACAAUCCUGUCUCGCCACCGGAGCACACUGCAUGAUAGACAUCCAUAACUUCGCACGCUGGAAUGGGGGCAUCAUCGGACAGGGGGGGCCAACAGACGAUCAAUUCACGAGCCUGUGGUCGCAGCUCGCCAAGAAGUACGCCGGCAACCAGAACGUCGUCUUCGAGCUGAUGAAUGAGCCGCACGAUCUUGACAUCGGAGCUUGGGUGAACACAUGCCAGAAGGCAGUCACUGCCAUUAGACAGGCGGGCGCGACGUCCCAGAUGAUCUUGCUACCGGGCACGAAUUUCGAUUCUGCGGCGACAAUAACCACGACCGGAGGUGCCUCACAACUUUUGGGAAUUAAGAAUCCGGAUGGAACGACGGAUAACUUGAUCUUGGAUAUUCAUAAGUACCUCGAUAUCGAUAAUUCGGGGACGCAUUCCCUAUGCACGACGGAUAAUACCGAUGCAUUUGCGUCCGUCGCGCAGUUCUUGAGGACGAAUGGGCGGAAGGGGUUUGUUAGCGAGACCGGGGCGUCGAAGGAUGCUUCUUGCUUGACUGCAUUCUGCGCCCAGAACACCCUCAUCAACCAAAAUUCGGAUGUCUUCAUAGGCUUGGUUGGCUGGGCCGCCGGUAGUUUCGAUACCUCGUACCUCCUAAGCCUAACACCCUCGAAGCAAAAUGGAGGCCUAGUCGACAACCAGCAAAUGAAACAAUGUCUUCUCGGAACAUGGGUUGCUUCCAAUUCCAACACCACAGAGCCAAGGGCUCCAGAACCAUCAUCAUCGCUUCCUCCGGUUAUCAUUUCCACCGCCACCUUAACGAGCGCCCCACUUACAGCAUCUACACCCGCAUCCACAUCUGUAACUAAAGCCGGCAAGUCGAGUGAGCCGGUUAUUACGGUCGAAAUCAACUCUGCCACAAGCGUACUCCGGACAGAGUCGGUACCCUCUAGUGUGACAACCCUGAUAAUCGCCAAUGGAUCCCCAAGCGACGAGUCCUAUAGCCUUGCCUGGGCGACAUCGACCACCUCACAAACCCCGACACAGACUCGUGCGGUGGUUAGUGCGACAGCAACAGGCAGUGCUUCUUCAAUGAAAGUCUUGACCUUCAUCUGGAGCUGCAUGAUGCUACCAUUUCUUAUAUAAAUAGGAAAGGUAGUGUCUCAUCCUUACGGCAAUUUCGCCGAUAUACGAGUUUAUACGGAGGAAUGAUCCACGUUUUGUUUUACUCUUUUUGUCCGGAACGGUUCUUUGUGAAUGAUAAGCUCUAUGGGACAGAAUGUUUACCUAAAAAUAAAAAUUACGGCUGGGGAUUGGCUAUCGGUCUAUCGUAGGAUAUUCGGAUUGGGUGAUUGGACGACCGGAUAUUGUUUUAUAUGCCUAAGUUAUGUAGAUAUUGUACGAGCGUGUAUAUACCUCGUGAUACCCAUAGAAUCUUGGGUUUAUCUUUGAG